AUGGUGUUCCAAAACUUCCAUGAAGGCAGUCUUACAUUUCCUCCAACAUACAAGUACGACACGUUCUCUGAUGAUUACGAUACUAGUGAAAAGUGCCGUGUUCCCGCCUGGACAGAUCGGGUACUGUGGAGAGAAAGGCGGGACCCUAAGAACACAAAGUUGAUACGGUAUUUCCGCUCGGAACUGAAAACGUCCGAUCACCGACCGGUUGGAGCCCUCUUUUCAGUGAAUGUUUUUCGUGUUGAUCAAACGAAGUGCUUAGAACUUGUUGAAGAUGUUGUGGCGUGA